AUGACGAGUGCAUAUGUGUCAUCGACUAUUAUUGCUUUACUGAAUGAAGCUAAAGCAAAGUAUGUGGAUACAGCGAAAAAUGAUAUUUUAUCGGCAUUAAGCGCUUUUCCUGGUCUUACGCCAGAUGUGGAAUAUUUCAUUUAUCCGGAUAAUCUACGUGCACUCGCGUUUCGCUUAAAAGGCACUAUACCCGUUCUCUACAAGGGUAAUACUUACAACAUACCUGUAGCUCUAUAUUUAUGGGAUACCCAUCCUUAUUAUGCGCCAGUAUGUUAUGUUUGCCCAACGCAAAAUAUGAUGUUGAAAGAAUCAAAAACAGUCGACAAACAAGGGCGUAUCUAUUUACCAUAUCUUAGCGAUUGGUCUUUUCCAGGAUAUGAUUUAUCGGGCUUAUUGCAGAUUCACGUGAAUUUUUUGAAGGUUAUGGCAAUGUGUUUUCAAGAAUCUUGUCCUGUCUUUGCGAAAUCCAGCAUUACUACUCAUGCACCAAGCAGUGGCUCCACGACAGCACAGUCUGUUAGCUAUACCCCCUAUCCUACUUCCAUUCCGUCCGGUAUGCCAUCAUAUCCGACUGCAUCUCAUUUUAAUUAUUACUCAUCUACACCACUUGGAAGUGGUAGUGGUGUUGUUCAAUUAGACCAUUUGAAAGCAUCGGUGAUGAGUGCGGUUGAACACAAAAUCAGGCAGCGACUUCAUGAGAAAUUAGGAACUACACAUGCAGAAUUAGCAUCCAUAAGACAAACGCAUUUAGAUUUACGACUCGGUCAGAAAAAACUCAGACAAAUUGUGGAUGAUUUGGCACAAAAACAGAAGAAUAUGGAAGAUAUUCUGGUUAUCUAUAAGAAGAAGAAAGACGAAAUCAGCUCUCUCCUUUCAAUGUCUUCUUCUGAUAAAAAUAUAGAAAUCGACCAAGUGAUUGAUGCUUGUACACCUUUGCAUAAACAGUUACUGCGCUGUUACGUUCAUGAUUGUGCUAUUGAUGAUGCCAUUUAUUUCCUCGGUCAGUCACUUACUCGUGGCCGUAUUAGUUUGGCAAAUUAUUUAAAAGAAGUGCGUCAACUUUCACGGCAGCAGUUUAUAUAUCGUGCAACACUUCAAAAAUGUCGAAUCAAAUCGAAAAUGCCAUUAUGA